GCCUUCUCGUAGUCGCCCUUUUUAUCAUAGUCUUCGAGAUAAGCCGCAGCGGCGGCAACGAAACGGCGGACAGGCCCCUGAGCAGCGAGACUGACAUCGCGGCACGAAUGGUUUUGGUUUGCGCAUUCGCAGCAGCGUGCACCAGUACCGAUCUGGUCGUGGCAGACAUGAGUCGGGUUGUUGGCCAGACGGGAAACGCACGAGGCGCAGGGGAUGGCUCGCUUCCUUCCCUCACAGGCCUUCAUUUUCUUUGGCUUCGACUCUGUCAGCGCCGUGGCCACGACUCGCUCAAGCCCCACGCUCGCAGCAUAAAAAUCACUUUUUGAGGCCGGCAGUGAUGGCUACAAGGCAGCAUCAACGCUAUGUACCUACAUAGAUAGCGACUGCACGCAAGGCAGGGUAUAGGCGCGCAGUGCUUGGAACGAAGGUGAAGUAGCGCCAGCGCUGCAAGGAAGCAAUCGACUGAUCUAAGACUUCACUGAACUCUACCUUUCUCAAUCUCCUACGAUAUCCUCGAGCUACUUAUACUCCUAGGCUUUUCAGGGGGCCGCCCUCGCUGCUCUGACACUUUUUAUCCCCAUU